ACACGAACUCUUCUUCUUCAUCAUCCUUUUGAUUCCAAUCUCUCUCUUCAUCAAUAUCACUCUACAAGGACACCAAGAAGAAAUUAAACCCUAGAUCCCUUCACUUACUCAGAGAAUUCCACACACAGAAGUGCUUGAUCUCGCCGGAAAAGAUGGUUCGCGCGAGCAACUUCGUGGUCGGGCUCCUGAACGUCUUCGUCGUCCUUGUCUCGCUUGCCGGCAUUGGCUUCUCUGUGUACUUCCACGUCCACGGGAGCCCCACCUCGUGCCAGAAGUCCCUCCAGGACCCGCUCCUCAUCGCCGGCGUGGCCUUGCUUGCAGUCUCCCUCAUGGCCGUGGUCGGCGCGUGCUGCGGCGUGAACUGGCUGCUCAGGCUCUACCUGGCGCUCAUGCUAGUGCUCAUCAUCGCCCUUGUCGCGCUCGCCGCGUUCCUGUUCCUGGUGACCAACAAGGGCGCGGGCAAGGCGGUUUCAGGGCGGGGCUACAAGGAGUACAGGCUGGGCGACUACUCGCACUGGCUGCGGAACCACGUGGCGAGCGGGAAGCGGUGGCGCGAGAUCAGGAGUUGCUUGGCCGAGGGAAAUGUCUGCCGGAGCCUUGCAGCUGACGGCGCCGGCCGGGAGGCUGCGCAGUUCUUCAAGAUGAAUUGGUCCCCGAUCCAGUCGGGUUGCUGCAAACCUCCGAGCGACUGCGGGUUCGAGUUCAAGAACGCGACCUACUGGACGCUUAGCCCGGGGUCGGGCGCGGCAGACGGUGACUGCGGCGCGUGGAGCAACGACCCGAAGACCUUGUGCUACAAUUGCAGCUCGUGCAAGGCCGGGUUCUUGGCCAGCAUCAAGCGGCAAUGGAGGGCGUUGCUCAUAUUCAACGUCUGCGUCAUCGUCAUCAUCAUCUUCGUCUACAGCGUCGGGUGUUGCGCUGCCAAGAGCAACCGGUCGGACGGCUACAAAUACGGUGGCCGCGGAUGUUGCGCAUGAGGGAUCAGACGGUGCAGACUGGGGUGUAUGGUUACUUUAUUCUUAGAUAGGAGACUUGAUACUUAGUA